AUGGCAAAGCUCACUGAUGAUGCCGAUUACUAUGUCGGCGAGACGUCUGCCAAUGUACCAAUUCCACGGUUUGAUGCUGGGCAUUAUGAUAAUUAUUAUGGCAGAGGACUUGGGAAUAUAUUCGUUCCACCAAAUCAACCUGACCACAAGACCAAGUUGCGAAGUCUCAAUUUAACCUAUUUAUGCACAUGGAUUAGUGGGUAUCAAGUAUUUUGCCAUGGUCCAUCCCCAUCACUCGGGGCCAUUAGAUUAUAUUCCCGAUCUCCGCUGCUAUAA